GAGUCAAUAAAUAACACAAUCUAUCCCUCUCCAUAACAGAUUUCUCCUUUCAUUCUUCGCAUUUUCUUGAAUUCAACUCUGGCAUAUUUCAGGACCCUGUCCACGUAAAAAUUUCUCCUUUCAUCUGAAACAUUCUUUGCAAUUUCUUCACUGUAGUUCGGAUUAAAUGGAAAAGUUAAAAGAAUGGGAUUACAGGGUAAUUAAGAAGAUCGGAGAAGGGGGUUACGGGGAGGUGUACCGUUGCCGUCAUCGGAAAACAAAGGAAACUUUUGCAAUUAAGAUGAUAACAAUUAACAAUAUAGUUGAAGGUGUCCCAAGCCAAGUAAUCAGAGAAAUCGCUCUUCUCAAGGAAUUGGAUCAUGUCAAUAUUACCAGGUUGCUGGAUGUAUUGACCAGUGGGAAUUAUGUUUAUCUCGUGUUUGAGCACCUAGACCUUGAUUUGUAUACAUUCAUUAACAAACGAACUACUCCUAUGAACACCUUCAUGAUAAAAGCUAUUGUGAAGCAAAUUCUUAUUGGUGUAGCACAUUGUCAUGCACAUAAAGUUCUCCACCGAGAUAUAAGACCAAUGAAUAUUCUGAUAGAUCUCAAACGCAACAUAGUGAAAAUUGCAGAUUUUGGGCUGUCCAGAGGAUUUGAUGUUCCUCUUAAGGAAUUUUCUUUCCAUGAGACAUUUUCUUUCUACACUGCACCUGAGCUGCUGCUUUGCUCCAGGGAAUACUCAACUCCAAUAGAUGUCUGGGCUGUGGGAUGUAUAUUUGGUGAGAUGUUACUUGGAAAGCCUCUUUUCCCUCACAACAGUAGCGAGGACCUAUUGCUAGGCGUUCGAAGAUUCACAGGAGAAUUGCAAACGGCAACUGAUCCUCCUGCAUGGCAUCUAAACAAUCUUUCUAUUAUUCAGAAAAUGUUGGACACUGUUCCAGAUCUUGAACCAGCUGGUUUUGACCUUCUUUAUGGGAUGCUUAAAUAUGAUCCAAAUGAGAGAAUCACAAUUAACAAUGCAAUUAGGCACGAGUAUUUGCAAGAUGUUGAGAUUGUGCCAUUGGAAACAGCUCCACCUCCUAGGAUCACCAGGCUUCUUGCUGCUUUCCAUUGUCCUGGAUUAAAUACCAAAGCAGUUAAGAAUAAGAAUGUGAAAGAUGCUGAGAUUGUUCCAUUGACCACCAGGCUUUCUGCUGCUCUUCAGUUUACCGGAAUUAUUAGGAAAUCAAGCAAGCCCCCCACCUCGUAUACUUCCCCUUUCUAAUUAACUCAGUUGCUAAAUGCAUAACUCUGCCAGCAACUCUUGGACUAAUGCUAUUAUUGUGUUGUUAACUGGUUGAGGGUACUUCCCUUUAUGAGUUGCUUUUCCUUGAAGAAACUUCACAAUAAUCAACAAUUUAUCAAUUGUUUU